AAGCAUUAAUUAUUUAGAUCCUUCGCUUUCCGCAGUGGUUGAACCAGAAAUGGGAUUUGGACGAAUGGGAUUGGCUUCCUUCACAGAGAACUUUGGUUUCCAUUGCCGAGUGCCGUCCCAUUGGACCUACCAUCACGAGCCCGCAUUUAACUCGUGGAAUUAGCAAAAAUCAGGAUUGAAAGUAUCAAAAGACCAGCCAAAGUUUAGACAAUGUUCGGCAGCCACACAGGUGGAAGAAUCCAAGAGGUAAUGCAAUGAAAAUCAAAGCGACCCACCCACACUAAAGACAGUUUUAACAUCCCAGUCUGAAACUAAAGUAUUGAAGAUAAUUGAGAGAAAAUAAAUUAUAUAAACCGUGGAGAAGGCUGCCUGUCUUAUCAGUUUUAUUAUCUAUAAUACAAGAAGGUCGACCCUACAAUUGCACUAUCUGACGUUAUAAUGUUACAUAUCCAACUCCAGAAAGGAAAGGUUUUAAUUUAUAACCUGAAACAGAAGGAAAACAAGGAUCAUCAAGAAGAAGAAGAGAAGAAGAAGGGGAGGAGGAAGGAUUCAGCAAUCUUUUUCUUCUUCUCUGAUUGAAAAAUGGGUUCUCAGGCCUCUAAACAGUUGGAAAGACGUAAGGCAAUCUCCACUGAAAAGAAAACGCUCUGUGACCUUCAUGAAAGUUGUGGGGAAACAUUUCCUGGUAGUGACUACCGUCCAGCUGAUAGGAAAAAUUGGAUGGCAGGCCUCGGUCCGGAGAAACUUCGCAUAAACAAGAUUGUAUGGCCUGGAACUCAUGAUUCUGCUACCAACAAGAUUGGGAUUCCGUGUAUCUCUCGCCCUUUUGCGCAAUGCCAGUCUUUGUCCAUCUACCAACAGCUUGUUAAAGGCACCAGAGUUUUGGAUAUUCGAGUUAAUGAAGAUCGUCGUGUCUGCCAUGGGAUCCUGUCUACAUACAGCGUUGAUGUUGUCAUCAAUGAAAUCAUGAAGUUCUUGUCAGAGACACAGUCAGAGAUCAUAAUUCUUGAGAUCCGCACUGAAUUUGGGCACCAGGAUCCUCCGGAAUUUGAGAAGUACUUGGAGGAAAAACUUGGGGAUUUCCUGAUCCACCAGGAUGAUCACGUCUUUGGCAAAACAGUAUCUGAAUUGUUGCCAAAGAGAAUUAUCUGUGUCUGGAAACCAAGUAAGUCUCCUCAGCCUAAGCCAGGUUCUCCAUUCUGGAGUGCUAAUUAUCUGAAGGACAAUUGGAUAGACACAGAUUUACCAUCGACAAAAUUUGAUAGCAAUUUGAAGCAUUUGGGUGAGCAACAACCAGUUUCAUCAAGGAAAUUCUUUUAUAGGGUGGAGAACACAGUCACACCACAGGCAGAUAACCCUGUGUUAUGUGUUAGACCCGUAACGGGACGGAUUCAUGGAUAUGCUAGGCUGUUCAUUACCCAGUGCUUUGCCAAGGGUUGUCCUGAUCGAUUGCAGAUUUUCUCUACAGAUUUUAUUGAUGAGGAUUUUGUUGAUGCUUGUGUUGGCCUUACACAAGCCAGGGUUGAAGGCAAGUGUUGAUGAAUUUGUGAAUUUUUCUUCUCUUAUCUUUUGGUAGAAUAAUUUGUGAUAUUUUCUCUUGUAACCAGUUUCUUCAUCCAUGGAAAAAUUGACUGUGGCCAGUUAUUUGUUUGUAAUGUGGUAUUUAUAUAAUGUGUAUAGCAUUGUGUAUUUUUAUUGUGCAUUGAUGUGAUAUAUAUUCUUGUUGGAUUGGCUAGUUUUCUUAUUUCAGUUUUAGGUUUUUCUGCAAUUCUGAGAGCCCUUUUUGAGCUGGAGUGGCCAAUAGGCCACAACU